AUGACUAAUACCCAGGCCAUCACUAGCAACGCCGAUGACAUGUGGUCUAUCGAACAAGCCUCCGGUGCCUAUGACCCCUUCCCCGACUACAUAUACCUCGGACACGAUUUGACUGGCGGCUUGUUUGCCUGGAAACAAAUUGGAGUCAAUACCUCGGCUGAUUGCACCAACAACUCUUAUUACAGCAUUGCAGCCUACUAUGAAGCUGACAGUGGCCAUCAAAACGAGGACAGCUCUGCGUUUGGUGGCUCCGGCGGCAACGGUGUACCUUCAAGGACUCCUCCCUCUAGUGCCGUACCGACAAGCAUGGCUGCAUAA